AUGGCGGGAAAUCAGACCUCUGUCACAGAGUUCAUCCUAUUGGGCUUUCCCUUCAGCCCAGAGAUUCAGAUGGUUCUCUUUGGGCUCUUCACCCUGUUCUACGUCUUCACCCUGCUGGGGAAUGGGCUCAUCCUGGGGCUCAUCUCACUGGACCCCAGACUGCACACCCCCAUGUACUUCUUCCUCUCCCACCUGGCCAUCGUCGACAUAGCCUAUGCCUGCAACACGGUGCCCCAGAUGCUGGUGAACCUCCUGAGGCCAGACAAGCCCAUCUCCUUUGCUGGUUGCCUGACGCAGACCUUUCUUUUCUUGACCUUUGCUCAUACUGAGUGUCUUCUCCUGGUGGUGAUGUCCUAUGACCGGUACGUGGCCAUCAGUCACCCCCUCCACUAUUCUGUCAUCAUGAGCUGGAGAGUCCGCAUCACUCUGGUAUUGACUCCCUGGAUUUUAGGAGUCCUCCUGGCCCUAGUACAUCUAGGGUUACUCAUGCCAUUGCCUUUCUGUGGACCCCAGAAAGUCAACCACUUUUUCUGUGAAAUUAUAGCUGUCCUCAAACUUGCCUGUGCAGAUACCCACGUUAAUGAGAUUAUGGUAUUGACUGGGGCCGUGUCUGUGCUGGUAGGGCCCUUUUCUUCAAUUGUGAUAUCAUACAUUCAUAUUCUACGUGCCAUCCUGAAGAUUCAGUCAGGGGAGGGGCGCCAGAAAGCCUUCUCCACCUGCUCAUCCCAUCUCUGUGUGGUUGGACUCUUUUAUGGCACAGCCAUUAUAAUGUAUGUUGGGCCCAGAUAUGGGAACCCCAAGGAGCAAAAGAAAUACCUGCUCCUGUUUCACAGCCUUUUCAAUCCCAUGCUCAAUCCCCUUAUCUAUAGUCUGAGGAACAAAGAAGUCAAAGCUGCUCUGAAGAAGAUUCUUGAAAAAGAAAGAACUUCAUGA